ACAACAAGGAGAAGCAGAGGAAGCUGAAAACCAAGGAAAACCUGAUGAUGCUGAUCAAACUCCAGAAUUAAAAGAGGCUGGAAAGUAGAAAAUGUUUGAGAAUGAAGCUGGAAAAGAACCUCUUGCAAUUCAAGACCUCUUGGUGAAGUCCAUGACAGACCAAAUCAACUACCGCCAACAACAAGAUCCUAGCUUCGUUUGCCCAGAAAGAUUACAACUAUGGAAGGAUGAAAAAAAUGAAGACAGUGAGAAGAAAAUGAAGGAAUUGUGGGAUAUAUUUAUCCAAGCAGAAAAGAGAUCAAAGGAGCUGGAAGUGGAGUUGGCAACAUACAUAGAGAAAUUAGAUAAUGAAGAAUGUGUGACUGCCACCAUGACAGUGGAAUCUACAGUUCAGCUCAAUGAAAUACAAAAUCUGAAAAGGAGGAUUGCAGAAUUGGAAGGCAAGGAAACUCGUAUUGACAUGGAGAAGAUUGCCAAGAAAAAGGAGAUUCAAGGAAAGUACAAGGCAGAAAUUGAAAGCUUGUUGUCAAACCCAACAAUCUUUGAAAUGGAGAUGGAUCUGCCUACAAAACAACCAACACAACCAGUUGAAGAGAAAGAAGAAGAAAAGAAAGAAGAAGAGAAGCAACAAGAAGAGAGAGAAGAAGAAAAUGAGAGAGAAGAAGAAAAUAAAGAACAAGAGAAGCAACAAGAAGAGAGAGAAGAAGAGAAGAAGCAAGAUGCUCCAACACCUGAUGUUCCUUCAAGAGUACAAAGGGUGAAGAACAGAGAAAGAAAGAGGCUUCAAGCAUCUUGCUAUGUGUACGAAAAAAAUAAGAAAACAAAAAAGGAGGCAAAAAAGGAUGAUGAAGAACUACCACAAUUCAAGCUUAUCUCGUCCGAGGAGUUAACACAAGAGGCAUCUCAGACCGAUGCCACAAAUCCAAUUCCCGAUCCCCCAAAAGGAACGAGCCUUCAUGAUUCAAUUCCUAUAG